AUGGCGUCUGCGGUGUUCUUCCUCGACUUGAAGGGCAAGACUCUUCUUGCUCGCAACUAUCGUGGUGAUAUUCCCAUGUCCGCCGUGGAGAAAUUCCCAAUCCUUCUUUCCGAGGCCGAAGAGGAGUCCUCUGCAGUCCCUCCAUGCUUCUCUGAUGAGGGCAUCAAUUACCUCUACAUCCGCCACAACAAUCUCUACCUCCUCGCUCUCACCAAGCGCAACACCAAUGCUGCAGAGAUUCUGUUGUUCCUCCACAAGAUCGUCGAGGUCUUUACUGAGUACUUCAAAGAGUUGGAAGAGGAGUCAAUCCGAGACAAUUUCGUCAUCAUCUAUGAGCUGCUUGAUGAAAUGAUGGACUUUGGAUACCCUCAAACCACCGAGUCCAAGAUCCUUCAGGAGUACAUCACCCAAGAGUCUCACAAGCUCGAGGUGCAAGCGCGCCCUCCUAUCGCCGUCACCAAUGCGGUGUCUUGGAGAAGUGAAGGCAUCAGAUAUCGCAAGAAUGAGGUCUUCCUCGACGUGAUCGAGUCUCUCAACCUCUUGGUGUCAUCCACUGGCAACGUCCUGCGAUCUGAGAUUCUGGGUGCAAUCAAGAUGAAGUGCUACCUUUCUGGCAUGCCUGAACUCCGCCUUGGUUUGAAUGAUAAGGUCAUGUUCGAAACCACUGGAAGAUCCACUCGAGGCAAAGCUGUCGAAAUGGAAGAUGUCAAGUUUCACCAGUGCGUCAGAUUGUCCCGCUUUGAGAACGACCGUACCAUCAGCUUCAUCCCACCGGACGGAGAGUUCGAGCUGAUGAGCUAUCGCCUCAAUACCGCGGUCAAGCCAUUGAUUUGGGUCGAGUGUGUUGUCGAAUCCCAUUCUGGUUCCAGAAUCGAAUACAUGUUGAAGGCGAAGGCUCAAUUCAAGCGACGAUCGACUGCCAACAACGUUGAGAUCAGCAUCCCUGUUCCUGAUGAUGCUGACACUCCAAGAUUCCGCACCAAUAUUGGAUCUGUGCACUACGCGCCGGAGAAGUCUGCAAUCGUCUGGAAGAUCAAGCAGUUUGGUGGUGGUAAGGAGUUCCUCAUGCGAGCGGAGCUAGGCCUUCCUAGUGUCAAGGGAGACGAUGAGCGUGGUGGCGGCAUGACAGGUGGAUUCGGUGGCAGUAUGGGUGGCAUUACAGGCGAAGGAAAGGCCAAGAGACCCAUCAACGUCAAGUUCGAGAUUCCUUACUUCACCACUAGUGGGAUCCAGGUGCGAUACUUGAAGAUCAUCGAGCCAAAGCUGCAAUAUCCAUCCCUGCCAUGGGUGCGCUACAUCACACAGUCCGGAGAUAUCGCAGUCCGCUUGCCAGAUGUGCAAGGUGGUUGA